UCUUCUACGUAACUUGCGCCAGUGAGCGACGGUGAGCGGCUCUUCGGACGAUUGGUAAAAAGGCAGCUUAGAACAAUUAAGUGUGUUUAUACGCUUUGAUUCUUAUUUAAUAUAAUAAUCGAACUAUGAUAAUUACAUAAAUUAUAUUCCGAUAGCGAAUAUCGAAUAACGAGCAACAUCAUAUUCAAUUGAAAUUUGCGCGUAGUUCUAAACCGAUUUAAGAUAAUAUUAUUAUAGAUGUUUAAUCAAUUUCCGAUCCUUCGAAGCUGCAUGAUAAUCUUCUACGGUCGGACGUAUUUGAAUUUAUAUAAAAAGAAAUUUUAAUACUUUCACGUGAAUCCUAAGAAAAAGGAGAAUUAUUUUCUUUUGAAAUGGACAAACCAGUUUCUUCGGAUAUCGUUCUAAUAGCGGGUAAUUCACAUCCAGAAUUGGCUAAUCUAAUCGCCAAUCGUCUUGGCGUAAAGCAUGGUGGAUGUUCCGUAUACCAUAAAUCAAACCGUGAAACUAUGGUUGAAAUAAGUGAUUCUGUACGAGGUAAAGAUCUAUAUAUAAUUCAAACUGGUACAAAAGAUGUUAAUAAUAAUAUAAUGGAGCUCCUCAUCAUGGCAUAUGCCUGUAAAACGUCAUCAGCAAAAAAUAUUGUUGGCGUGAUUCCUUAUUUACCUUAUUCUAAACAAUGCAAGAUGCGUAAGCGUGGUUGCAUAGUUUCCAAACUCCUAGCAAAGAUGUUAUGCAAAAGUGGUUUAACACAUAUUAUUACUAUGGACUUGCAUCAAAAAGAAAUCCAAGGAUUUUUCGAUGUUCCUGUAGAUAAUUUAAGAGCCAGUCCAUUUUUAUUACAAUAUAUUCAAGAGUCUAUACCUGAUUAUCACAAUUCUGUAAUCGUUGCGAGAAAUCCAGGAAGUGCAAAAAAGGCAACUAGUUAUGCAGAAAGAUUGCGUUUAGGAAUAGCAGUUAUACAUGGAGAACAAAGAGAAGCCGAAUCAGAUAUGAACGAUGGACGUUACUCUCCACCAGCACUAGCCUCAAGAACAAUGGAGGUUGGUGUAGGUGUACCUAUGCAUCCUGCCAAAGAAAAGCCUCCAAUCAAUGUUGUAGGAGAUGUGGGAGGACGCAUUGCCAUUAUGGUGGAUGAUAUGAUAGAUGAUGUACAGUCCUAUGUAGCAGCGGCUGAAGUACUUAAGGAAAGAGGUGCAAAUAAAAUUUAUGUAUUAGCCACUCACGGCUUACUUAGUUCGGAUGCUCCAAGACUUAUCGAAGAGUCACCAAUUGACGAGGUUGUUGUGACCAACACUGUACCUCAUGAUGUACAAAAAAUGCAGUGUCCAAAAAUCAAAACUGUUGAUAUAAGCAUUUUACUAGCUGAAGCUAUUCGACGUAUUCACAACAAAGAAUCAAUGUCUUAUUUGUUUAAAAAUGUUACAUUAGAAGAUUGAAAAUAUGUUGAUAUUUGUAUUAUUUACAGUAAAUCUAAAUUUAGCAAACAUAAAAUCCAAUUUCAAUUAAGUGGCUGAAUUCUUCGUAUUAUUCAGUAUUGAAAUAACAUAAAACAUAUCUAUGUCUUAAUUGUGCAUACUAUUUUUAUAACUCACAGAUUAUUUCUUAAAAGGAUAAAAUAU